GCGUGGAUGGAGGGCGCCGCGCGCCCUGCCCGCUGCUCGGCGUGACGCGGGCCCGGCGCCCCGCGCCCACCAUGUCCUACCCGCAGGGCUACCUGUACCAGGCGCCCGGCUCGCUGGCGCUAUACUCGUGCCCGGCGUACGGCGCGUCGGCACUGGCGGCGCCGCGCAGCGAGGAGCUGGCGCGCUCGGCGUCGGGCUCGGCGUUCAGCCCUUACCCGGGCUCCGCGGCCUUCACCGCGCAGGCGGCCACGGGCUUCGGCAGCCCGCUGCAGUACUCGGCCGACGCUGCCGCCGCCGCCGCCGGCUUCCCAUCCUACAUGGGUGCGCCCUACGACGCACACACGACCGGGAUGACGGGCGCCAUCAGCUACCACCCUUACGGGAGCGCGGCCUACCCGUACCAGCUCAAUGACCCGGCCUACCGCAAGAACGCCACGCGGGAUGCCACGGCCACGCUCAAGGCCUGGCUCAACGAGCACCGCAAGAACCCUUACCCCACCAAGGGCGAGAAGAUCAUGCUGGCCAUCAUCACCAAGAUGACCCUCACGCAGGUCUCCACCUGGUUCGCCAACGCGCGCCGGCGCCUCAAGAAGGAGAACAAGAUGACGUGGGCCCCCAGGAACAAAAGCGAGGACGAGGACGAGGACGAGGGCGACUCGGCAAGGAGCAAGGAGGAGAGUCCGGACAAGGCGCAGGAGGGCACCGAGACUUCGGCGGAGGACGAAGGUAUCAGCCUGCACGUCGACUCGCUCACGGAUCACUCGUGCUCCGCCGAGUCGGACGGAGAGAAGCUGCCGUGCCGGGCUGGGGACCCCCUGUGCGAGUCGGGCUCGGAGUGCAAGGAGAAGUACGACGACCUGGAGGACGACGAGGACGACGACGAGGAGGGCGAGCGGGACCUGGCGCCGCCCAAGCCCGUGACCUCGUCGCCGCUCACCGGCGUGGAGGCGCCGCUGCUGAGCCCCCCAUCCGAGGCCGCGCCCCGCGGGGGCGGCGGCGGCGGCGGCAAGACGCCCCUGGGCAGCCGGACGUCGCCGGGCGCGCCGCCGCCGGCCAGCAAACCCAAGCUGUGGUCUCUGGCCGAGAUCGCCACGUCGGACCUCAAGCAGCCGAGCCUGGGCCCGGGCUGCGCGCCGCCGGGGCUGCCAGCGGCCGCCGCGCCCACCUCGUCCGGGGCGCCGCCGGGCGGCUCGCCCUACCCCGCGUCGCCGCUGCUCGGCCGCCACCUCUACUACACGUCACCUUUCUACGGCAACUACACAAACUACGGGAACUUGAACGCGGCGCUGCAGGGCCAGGGGCUCCUGCGGUACAACUCGGCGGCCGCGGCCCCCGGAGAGGCGCUGCACGCGGCGCCCAAGGCUGCCAGCGAUGCGGGCAAGGCGGGCGCGCACCCGCUGGAUCCCCACUACCGGCCCCCCGGCGGCGGCUACGAGCCCAAGAAAGAUGCCAGUGAGGGCUGCACCGUGGUUGGUGGAGGCCUCCAGCCCUACCUAUAGAAGGGCCGCACACAGCAAUGCAAGUAAGUGGGCUCCCUGGGGUUCCCCCCUACCCCGUGGGGAGCCUCCCCGAACCAGUUGCCCUGUAAACUUGCUUAAUGUGUAUUUCUUGCUUUUUGUCACGGGGUUUGAGGACAGAGCACUGCAGUCUUCCCCGGUGUUUUUGUUUUGUUUUGUUUUUCCCUUUAAGUGGGAGACGAUCCAUUCUCUUUUAGAGGUCCCUCUUUUUCUGCUCAAGUUCUGCUUUACAGAAUCACUCCUUUAACUGGAAUGUAUUUAUUGCACUACUGCUGUUGUUUUCUCUUUGGAAAAAAUAGAUUCUUAAAAUCUGGGUAUUUGUAUGCAACUUGGAACUUUUUUUGUUUUUUAACUAUGCUAGACCCUUAAUAGACACUUGCUUUGAUGAGCGAGUGCUCCUGAAACUUGGGGUAUCAAACCCCUUUAUAGAUGAUCUUUGCAGAGUCAGACUGUAGAGACAUAGAAGGACUAGUCUAGUCUUUUAUCAGGCUUGUCCCUAUGUCCAGAUGGACUAGAUAGGGCCGUGCAGUUCGCCUGGCUGACAGCAGUAACUCAAAAAAUACCUACUUUACAAGUAGGCACAAUUACUAAUCACAGAUCUUGAAGAUGGGAAAGAGGCAAAACCAUUUCAGAUGGACUCCUUUUUAGAAUAUGGUGAUGUUGGCAUGGGACUGAAGGAUUUGGGAUGAUUUGGUUUUUUCCUUGGUCCACAGGUAGGUGUCACAAUUGCUUUGGAAAAAAAAAGUCAGCAGGCCAUUCUCUCUCCCCAAGUUCAUAAAUAUACAGAUAUAUAUAUAUAAAAAUGAUCUCUAAAUCCGGACCACAUCUUGUGCCACUGUAAACGAGAAGGAUCCACAGGGCACUGCCAACCCACAGACUCUAUUGGAACAGACUUUUGUUGGACAUAUGUGAAUUUGUUGGCAUAGUAUAGCUUCCCCAAUGUAUGUGUGACUUUUGAAAACAAUCUUUUUUCUCAGGAUAUCUUGAAUUGAUCACUUCAUUGCCACGGUAUAUAUUCUAUAGGUGUGAUAGGAUUUACUGUAAAGUUUAUUUGUAAAAGAUGUACACAGUAGAAAUAAAACGUGAUUAUAGAACUUGAGUACUUAAGAAGUGGAAACAAAUUUGAUAUUUAUUUUUAUAAUGAUAUAAAGCUUCUAGUAAUUUAUGCAAGUUGUAUUGCAAUGGAAUCUAAACCUUUUGUAAAUAAAUUCUGCCUGGUUUUUAUUUGAACAUUGCUGGUUAUAUAAUCUUUGUUGGUUGUUUAACAAGAAUUCUUUACUAAUUUAUAUCUUAAAUUGCAAAUAAAAACAAAC